AUGCUCAGGACUCUGCGCACGACAGCGCGAGCUGUUCACCUGCGCCCCUUGCAAUCCCUUCAGCACCAAGCAAACAUCCUGCCCCUGCCUGCCUUGAUGCAACAUGCUCGCACAUACGCCGACAAGGUCGUCCAGGUCCCUCAAAUGGCCGAGUCCAUCUCAGAAGGCACCUUGAAGCAAUGGAGCAAGCAGGUUGGCGAGUUCGUCGAGCAGGACGAGGAGAUUGCUACCAUUGAGACCGACAAGAUCGAUGUUGCUGUCAACGCCCCCGAGGCCGGCACAAUCAAGGAGUUCCUCGUCAACGAGGAGGACACUGUCACCGUGGGCCAGGACAUUGUCCGGCUGGAGCUUGGAGGUGCCCCUCCCGAGGGCGCCGGCAAGUCCGAGUCCAAGGAGCCCCCACAGGAGCAGCCCAAGGAAGAUUCCAAGGAGCCAGAGAAGAAGCCCGAAUCCGAGUCAACGCCGCCGCCCAAGCAACAAGACGCGAAGCCCGCGCAGCCCCCUACUGCCUCCGAGAAGAAGGAGCCCGCCCCAUCCUCAAAACCAGCCAAGGAGACGAAGGAUGCGCCUGCCCCUGCCUCUGUGGGUGACCGCGAGGAACGCCGUGUCAAGAUGAACAGGAUGCGGCUGCGAAUCUCCGAGCGCCUCAAGCAGUCUCAGAACACGGCCGCCUCUCUGACCACCUUCAACGAGGUCGACAUGUCCUCCAUCAUGGACUUCCGAAAGCUCUACAAGGACGAGGUGCUCAAGAAGACCGGCGUGAAGCUUGGUUUCAUGAGCGCCUUCACACGCGCCGCCUGUCUGGCCAUGAAGGAGAUCCCCGCUGUCAACGCGUCCAUCGAGGGUCCCAACGGGGGCGACACCAUCGUCUUCAGGGACUACGUGGACGUCAGCGUUGCCGUUGCUACCGAGAAGGGCUUGGUAACACCGGUCGUGCGGAACGCCGAGAAGAUGGACAUGGUGGGCGUCGAGAAGGCCAUUGCCGAUCUUGGCAAGAAGGCGCGCGACGGCAAGCUCACUCUCGAGGACAUGGCUGGCGGCACCUUCACAAUCAGCAACGGCGGUGUCUUUGGCUCCCUCAUGGGCACUCCCAUCAUCAACCUGCCACAAACCGCCGUCUUGGGUCUUCACUCCAUCAAGGAACGGGCUGUUGUUGUGAACGGCAAGGUUGAGGCCAGGCCGAUGAUGUACCUCGCCCUGACUUAUGACCACCGCCUGCUUGACGGCAAAGAGGCCGUCCAGUUCCUGGUCAAGAUCAAGGAGUUCAUUGAGGACCCCAGGCGCAUGCUGCUGUAA